AGCGUGUUGUAUCGCACAUGCGCAUUGGGAAGCACUUUUACCAGACUGACAAUCCAGGACUAUCUAACCAGAAACAGGACAGUCGCCAGUAUGCGUAACCUGAAGUUACUAAGGAGCUUCCAGUGCAGCACAGCCCAAGGUCUGGGGACUCCACACUGCAGCUCUAUACGUACAGAUACUGGAACAGUGCUUAUUGGAUCAGGCUAUGGCUUUGUGGCACUAGAUCCCAGUACAGAACAGAUUAUCACAGAUGUUUCUUUAACUAGUGAAGAAUUUCUCCCUGAAGAUGGAAGCGGUUAUGUUGUUGGAAUUCAGGAUCUUCCUGACCAAGAAUCAGUGUGUGUCGCCACUGCAAGCGGUGAUGUUAUCUUGUACAAUUUCAGCACCGGCCAGCUGGAGUGCGUUGGCAGUGUGGACAGCGGAAUAGUUACCAUGAGCUGGAGUCCUGAUCAGGAGCUUGUUCUCCUUGUCACAGGUCAGCAGUCUCUCAUAAUGAUGACUAAAGACUUUGAACCAAUUACUGAAACGCCAAUCCACCAAGAGGAUUUUGGUGAAGGAAAAUUUAUCACAGUUGGGUGGGGAAAAAAAGAGACCCAGUUCCAUGGAUCUGAAGGAAAACAAGCAGCGCGACAAAAAACAGUGGCAGUGCAACCAGCUAUGGCCUGGGAUGAUCACAGACCCCGAGUCACUUGGAGAGGAGAUGGACAAUUAUUUGCGGUUAGCGCUGUUUGCAAGGAAACAGGUGCUCGCAAGGUCAGAGUGUGGAACAGAGAACUGGCACUGCAGUCUACUAGUGAAGCUGUGGAAGGCUUGGAGCAAGCACUCUCUUGGAAGCCUUCGGGGAGCCUUAUUGCUUCCACUCAGAGCAAACCUAACAAACAUGAUGUUGUUUUCUUUGAGAAGAAUGGACUUUUACAUGGAGAGUUUACUCUUCCAUUUGCAAAAGGUCAAGUUAAGGUGAAUGAAUUGCUUUGGAACACAGACUCUACAGUGCUGGCAAUUUGGCUUCAAGAUAUUGGAAACAAUGACACAAACCCAUGCACAUAUGUUCAGCUGUGGACCGUUGGAAACUACCACUGGUAUCUCAAACAGAGUUUACAUUUUGGGAAUGAUGAAAAUAAACAAAUAGUGUCCCUAGCGUGGGACCCUGAGAAUUCUUUCAGACUGCACAUUAUCUGCAGAGGGUGGCAGUACAUCUGCUAUGACUGGUUCUGGAGCACAGAUUGUAGUGGAAGAGAAGGUCCUUUGGGACAUGCUGAUGUGGCAGUUAUUGACGGGGAUAAAGUUUUAGUGACUUCCUUCCAGCAGUCUGUGGUCCCUCCUCCUAUGUGUACGUUUCACAUUCAGUUUCCGUGUGCAGUAAAUGAAGUUACUUUUCACAUGGAUCCUCAGAAGAGCCAUAAUCUUGCUAUCCUUGAUGUCAAAAAUACUAUUUAUAUCUACACAUAUGGACACAACACAGUUAAAGAUCCGACUGUGAAAAUAGGAGCAGUUGGAGGAAAUGGAUUUAAAGUGUCUGCACAAACUCCAGUCUUAGAAAAAGAAUACAGAUUUAAAGAACCUUAUGAUACUCUGCCUCUGCAUUUUCGCUUUCUCACCUGGGUGGGGGAUGAUACCUUCUUGGCUAUCAGCCCAGGACAAGACUCCUCUUACUCAGCCAUUAACCAGCUGACGUUGACAGAAGAGGAUGGGCAACAGAUUAAUAUUAGGCAGGGAGGGACCAUUAAUGGACAAGUGACCAGUCUCUGCUACAGUUCAAAAUCCAAGACUUGUGCUCUGCAGACAUCAAAUGGACAGUUGUGGAAAUAUUUCUGGGAAGCACAUACACCUGUUCUGGAGCCGUGGCAAGAUGGCUUGGGAAAUGAUGUCAAAUUUCCCCUUCAGUGUGUACAGACGGCCAUAGCAACAAUAGAUGGAGAGGAGGUUGUUUUAGGUUUAACGGAGAGGUCACGCUUUUUUAUAAACAAUUUGGAGGCGGCUGCCAAUAUCAGUUCCUUUACCAUCCAUGAUGACUUUCUCCUUUUAACAACCCACGCCCACACCUGUAGGUGUUUAUCACUAAAGGACACUUCACUAAAAUCAAUUGAAGCACUCCUAAGUAGCGCUUCGAACCCAAAUGAUGAGACUAUUCGCAAGGUGGAAAGAGGAUCACGAAUUGUCACAGUCGUCCCUCAAGACAUAAAGCUAGUGUUGCAGAUGCCACGAGGAAACUUAGAAUCUGUUCAUCAUCGUGCGCUGGUUUUGGCACAGAUUCGCAAAUGGCUGGAUAGUUUGUUGUUUAGAGAGGCUUUUGAGUGUAUGAGAAAACUCCGGAUCAACUUGAAUUUAAUUUACGAUCACAAUCCAAAGGUAUUUUUGGAAAAUGUGGACCUUUUUGUAAAGCAGAUAGACACUGUAAAUUACAUCAAUUUGUUUUUAACUGAACUAAAGAAAGAGGACGUAACAACCACAAUGUAUCCUUCUCCUGCACUUCCUUCUCAGAAUACCUGUCAAAGCCAACAAGCUAAAAAAGUUGAUAUUGUUUGUGAUGCAGUGAGAGCUGCCAUGGAAAGACUGAAUCCUCAAAAAUAUUGCUUAUCAAUACUUACAUCAUAUGUUCGGAAAUCUACCCCAGAGUUGGAAACUGCCCUCCAGAAAGUCCAUGAGAUCAGAGAAAGUUCUCCCUCGCCCAAGUCUGUCAGUGCAGAAGAAGCCCUGAAAUACCUGCUUUUCCUUGUGGAUGUCAAUGAGCUUUAUGACCAUUCCCUUGGGACAUAUGACUUUGACUUGGUUAUAAUGGUGGCAGAGAAAUCACAGAAGGACCCAAAGGAAUAUCUUCCAUUUUUGAAUAAACUGAAACAAAUGGAAACAAAUUAUCAAAGGUACACCAUUGACAAGCAUCUAAAAAGAUAUAAAAAGGCCUUGGGACACCUUAGCAAAUGUGGACCCGAGCAUUUCACCGAGUUUUUGAACUUGGUGAAAGAUCAGUGUUUAUACACAGAAGCACUAGCACUUUAUUCAAAGGACACUAAAGAAUAUAUGACUAUUAAUGAAGCUUAUGGAGAGUACCUAAGCUCAAAGAAUCAGCACGAACAAGCUGGAUUAAUUUUUGCUAGAUGCUCCAAUUUCAGUAAGGCUCUUGAAGCUUUUGUUGUGAGUGGCAGCUGGCAGCUGGUUUUAUGCAUGGCAUCUCAGCUACAGUACUCUGAAGAUAAAAUGGCUGCCCUGGCCAGGAGUGUAGCAGCUAAACUUGUUGAGCAGAGGAAAUAUUCAGAAGCAGCUGUGCUGUUGGAACAAUAUGCGGAGGACUACGAGGAAGCAAUUCUGUUUCUGUUGGAAGGUGCCCUCUGGGAAGAAGCUUUAAGACUGGUACACAAAUAUAAACGCCUUGAUAUAUUAGAGACCAACUUAAAACCUGCCUUAUUAGAUGCUCAGAAAAAUCACAUGGUAUUUUUGGAUAGCCAGAAAACAACAUUCACUCGUCACAGGCAAAGGCUGGCUGUAGUCCGAGAGCUGAAAGAGAAAGCCCGACAAGGACUGAUUGAUGAGGAUGCUCCGGAGGGUCCUGAAUCUGAUCUUUUCUCCGAAACCAGCAGCAUUAUGACCGCAAGUGACACGAGUGGGAAAUACUCUCACAGCAACUCAAGGAUUUCUUCGAGAUCUUCAAAGAACCGUAGGAAGGCAGAGCGUAAAAAGCACAGUCUGAAGGAAGGAAGUCCUCUUGAAGAUGUAGCCUUGUUGGAGGCAUUGGGGGAAAUCAUUCGCUUGGUAGAUAAACUAAAAAGUGAGAUGCACAGCCUUUUGCGACUACUGGUCCUUUUCGGUUAUGAAACACACGCUAAAGAUCUUCAGCAGACGUUUGACGAAUUGCUAAAUUUGAUGUCACUUUCAAUACCAGAUAUCUGGUCUACAAAUGUGCAACAAAAUUCUUCCACAACAGUUUUAGGCCCUGAUUCAACAGCAAACAGUAUAAUGGCCUCCUAUCAGCAACAUAGGAACAUUAAUACAACUGCACAAGAUUCUGAGAUUUUUGUUGCGCCUGCACUUAAUAAAAACAUUCAGUGGAAACUGAGUUUGCUUCAGUAGUUUAUAGGCUGCCUCACAGUUGUCAUGUCAGCACCAUAGCAAUUAUUAAGGAAUGCCAGAACCAUGGACAAAGAAGAUACCGUGACGAUGCAGAGCAGUCCUCUUGGAAAUAUUCCUGAUUUUCCUUUACUACAACAUUUUGCAGAAUGUAUCUGAAAAAAAACGCUAGAUAUGUGCAUUUAUUUGGCUUUGGUAUUCGUUAGUGAAACAAAUGCAAGAAAUGGCUGCAGUCUGCUGUAUUUGGCUCAUUUUGGCACCAGGUUUAUUAGAGUAAAAAACACAACACACAAAAAAAUCUGUUCACAUAUUUGUGUGUUGCAUUUUUACUCUAAUAAAUCCAGUGCUGAAAUGAGCAGAAUACUGCAGACCUUGACCAUAUAUGGCUUUCAUUUCACUAAUGAAUAACAAAUGCAGAAAUAAUGCAUAUGUCUAAAAUCACUGCUUUUAUUUCUACUAUUGUGUAUAUCAAUCUUUAUUUUGCAUGGAGUCUGCUCUUUGAAAUCCCAUGUGGUUUCUACAAUUUUUUGUAGACAUUUUACAGCUAUUAUAUUAAAUAAAAUGUUUUCAAACGUU